UCUAACCUUUUGUUGUGUGAGUGAAAGAGAAAAUGACAAAGCUAGCUCUAGUCCUAUUGCUUUUCUCUCUAAGCAUGGCCAUGCAAUUGGUGCAAAGCACCAAUGAUGAGCCCAAAGAAGUUGAUGAAUGGAUCCAAAAGCUUCAUCAUGGCGAAGAGAAAGUCUCUAGGCUCCAUUUUUACUUUCAUGACACACUAUCAGGCAAAAACCCAAGUGCAGUGGAAGUAGCUGAAGCAUCAAGGACUAAGAAAUCACCCACCUUGUUUGGACUAAUCAACAUUUUUGAUGACCCAUUAACAGAAGGACCUGAAUCCACCUCCAAGCUUGUGGGUCGAGCUCAAGGUCUAUAUGGGUCAGCUGGCCUACAAGAAUUGGGCCUACUUUUGGCCAUGAACCUUUUUUUCACAACUGGGAAAUUCAAUGGUAGCGGUCUCACUAUUUUGGGCAGGAAUGCAGUGUUUCAUUCAAUCCGUGAGAUGCCAAUCAUAGGUGGGACUGGUGCUUUCCGAUUGGCACGUGGAUUUGUGCAAGCGAAGACACAUUUUCUCAAUCUUACCUCUGGGGAUGCUAUUGUCGAGUACCAUGUUGUGGCUAUGCAUUAUUGAGCUAUAAUAAUGUAGUCUAUAUUCUCUUUCAAAGGGUCACAUGGUGCUUGUUCAUCUCUAUACCAAAUUCGUUUUCUUUAUUGGGACUCUCUUAUUUUGUUGGAAUCAUUUUUAUGUUUUGCAUUGUUGAAUGUGUUGUACUUGUGAAUAUAGCAUUAUUUGGAUA